UUUAUCCAUCAAGAUAAGCCUAUUCUUCUUCAUACAAUAUCAGCUUCUUCAUACACACCACCAAUUAUUCACUGCAUUCAAGAAAAAAAAAUCCCCCAACAUGGCCUCUGCCUGUGCUUCAUCAGCCAUUGCAGCUGUUGCAUUCUCUUCUCCAAGUUCCCAGAAAAAUGGAUCAAUUGUAGGAGCAACAAAGGCUUCUUUCCUUGGAGGGAAAAGAUUGAGAGUAAGCAAACACGUCGCACCAGCUGGAUCAAGAUCGGUUGCUGUCUCUGCUGUUGCUGCUGACCCUGAUAGACCCCUCUGGUUCCCUGGCAGUACCCCUCCUCCAUGGCUCGAUGGCAGUCUCCCCGGGGACUUUGGUUUCGACCCUCUUGGCCUUGGUAAGCCAAAAUCNAUUGAGUUGGUGCUUAUUGGCUGGGCUGAGGGAAGAAGGUGGGCAGAUAUCAUCAAGCCUGGGUGCGUAAACACAGACCCCAUCUUCCCUAACAACAAGCUCACGGGCACAGAUGUCGGAUAUCCAGGAGGCCUAUGGUUUGAUCCUUUAGGUUGGGGAUCUGGUUCUCCUGAAAAGAUCAAAGAGUUGAGGACAAAGGAGAUCAAGAACGGGAGGCUGGCCAUGUUGGCUGUCAUGGGUGCAUGGUUCCAACACAUCUACACUGGAACAGGACCAAUUGACAACCUUUUCGCUCACCUUGCUGAUCCUGGUCACGCCACUAUUUUUGCUGCUUUCAGCCCCAAGUAAGAAGCAGGAGCACCAUUUGUUGGCAUUGAUGUGUUGGAGUGACACUCUGAAGAUCUGAAGAAAGAAAUUUUAGAAAUUGUUUUCCAACUUAAUGUUGUAUCACUACACUUAAGUUACUUCUGUGUGUAUCUUCUGUAGAAAAAAAUUAAGCAGUGUACAAAUAUCUUUGGGAUCUCCUAAGUCCUAACAGCAGCAAGAUAUACUAUCACUAGGCUGCACCCAUGUAAUGAUUCAAGAUUUUGAAUGCAUUUCUACUCAUAGAUAAAGAGUAGAUAUUUAAUAUUGAGUA